AUGUCACAGUAUAUCAACCAGCUCAGGAACCGGCGACGCUCUUCGCAGAUUACGAGGUCGUAUGACCCUGUUCUAACCGAUGAGGACGCGGUCUACUUGCAGCAUCUCACGGAUCAGUCUUCUGAGAAUGAUGUGGUUAAGACUCCUGUCGAACACUCUAAGUCGGUUGUUUUGGACGAAGGCGCCCAAGAUAUUCCACUCCCUGCUUCCCCAGCUGAGGACUUCGGAAAAACACUAGGCGAGGCAGGAAGGAGAGCAGGUCACAAAGGAGACUCAGCUGGGUCAACACUGGAGGCGUCAAAAUCACCAACUUUCUCAGCCCCUGAGAAGAAGAAGAGAUGGAGCAUAUUUGGGAGAAAGAACUCUGUAAUCAAGGGCAAAGAUUCGUCGGCAGACAAGAGCAAAAAGCGAUCCCCAACCCUGGCAACGACGGAAACGCCAGUUAGCAAUGAACAGGAAGACAAAAAGGAUCUGGAGGACAUUACGGAUGUCCUUGAGCGAUUGAAUCUGGCAGCGGACAACAAUCGGGUAUUCUCCAUAAGCGCCGAGACGCAAGAGCUGCUGCGAAAGUUCAAGUUGAUCUUCAAGGACCUAAUAAAUGGUGUUCCCACUGCAUACCACGACCUAGAAAUGCUUCUGACAAACGGAAACCGCCAGCUGCAAGAUACAUAUACCAAGCUGCCGAGCUUCCUGCAAAAUCUGAUUGAGAAGCUUCCUGCGAAAUGGACAGAAACCCUGGCUCCGGAGAUGCUCGCUGUGGCAGCCUCAAAAGCUAGCAGCAGUGGUGUCAACAUGGAGCAUGUUGGCAAGGCAGCAUCGGCUGCAGAGAAGAUUGGUAUGCCCAGCUUGAAAGAGCUUGUCUCUAAACCAGCUGCGAUGGUUGGCAUGUUGCGGUCGAUUAUGGCAUUUUUGCGUGCUCGGUUCCCGGCAGUCAUGGGAUUGAACAUUCUGUGGUCACUGGCGUUGUUCAUACUUCUAUUCGUUCUGUGGUACUGUCAUAAACGCGGACGUGAAGUCCGUCUUGAAAACGAACGCAUCGUGACUGAGGAGGAGAUACAGAAGCUGAAUGCGGAGACAUCAGAAGGCAAGAUCCGUCCCACGGAGACACUUGUUACGACAGCACCCCAGGGAGCCUCAACCGAUGAGAUUCGAGAGGGUGUGAAGAAGGUAGAGCAGGCUCGGGCAUCGUCGGGAACGGAAAUAGAUGUCUCGGAGCCGGCCCAGAGCCCGAACCAAGAAAAUGUUCGCCCCGGCAUCCCGACUCGAUCAAAGUCUCGCCUCGCAUAUUGGACCCGGUCCAAGAACGAGCCGAUUCCUGAAAGUAUUUCCCCUUACCCGGGAACUUGA